AUGGAUUUCCUCCAGGAAAUUCCUGAAGAAACAUUUCGAGACAUUUUACUAAGAGUGCCCUACAAAUCUCAGUCAAAGAUUAAGCAGCUGUUGGAACCUGCCAAGGAAAUCAUGGAAUGUUCUCAGUUUUAUCAAGAUAGAGCUAAGUUUGGGCUGCUUAAACAAUAUAUAUGUGUGCUCAAGCCUGGUUCGAUAUCAAUAUACGAUCCUAUUGAUCAAACAUGUGUACAGAUCGCUCCUCUUCCCAAAGGAUUCCAAACCUCACCGAGUACUCAAACUGUAAGUGUUAAUCAUAAGAUUGUUUUGCUGUGGUUGGAACAUAAUCAUGACAGUGAUAGUAGAAGGAUUUUGAUAUAUGAUUUAUUAACCAGUACAUGGAAGCAAGGUGCUAAAAUGCCAACCCCCACAUCAUAUUUCACCUCGUUUACAUGUUGCCCCUCACCUCAAGGAUCAAUUUACAUUGCAGAAGGAGAGCCAAUGUAUGGUAUUGAUAAACUUCGUGGCGCAGCAGUUUAUAAAGUAGAUAAAGACAUGUGGGAGCUUCUUCCUAAGAUGCAGGAAGGAAUUCGCAUGUCUAAGAGUGUUUUUAUUGAAGGAAUGUUUUAUGUCAUUGAUCUUUCAAAUCAUAGAAUUCAAAGAUUUAAUCCCAACACAAAAGUAUGGACAACAAUAGAAAAUAUAUCUGAGGGAGUGGAGUAUGUCAAUGUUCUGUAUGCUUUUGGACGAUUAAUUGCAACUACGCUCAGUAAAAUUUAUGAAUAUGAUUGGGAGGAAAAUGUGUGGAAAGAAUUAGAAACCCUCGCUCAACAUCUUUGGUUUGCUCAUGCCACAGUGUGGUGUGAUCGAAUUUUCUUUAUGAGACGCAAUAAUUUAUCUGGCCCGCCAGUUUUUUAUAUGUAUAAACCUGGAGCAGCUCUCUCUGAUAGGUGGAUUUCUGUUGCCAAACCCAAAAAAUUUAAAGAAAACAAAGUCAAAUGUAUAACCACAAUAGAAAUUUAA